GACACUAAGUUACUAUAAUAUUGUAGCAGGAGAUUUGACUCUCAGUGGGUUUCCUUCAAGGCCAUUUCGAAAAGCCCUGCAGCAGGCACUCGAAAGUCAAAGACUGCCAUUUCUCCACGACACGAGCACUAAAUUCAAUUGAUUCUACGACCGUCUGAAAUUCGUAUCUUGCCGGCAGGUAGGCAACCAGUCCUUCUUAGGCUGUGGCGUUGCGCUUUUUAUUGUUGAUGUAAAUAUCUUCCGCGAGACUCAGUUCACCAUUCACGAUGGCUCCAGACUCGGAAGAAAGCCCUCUGCUGGUGCCCACCGCGCAUGAAGCUAUAUAUGACAGAUUCGCGUCAGGUCAAAAGAAAUGGAUCGUGUUUCACGUGUCUUUAGUGGGUCUGUUGGCUAUGUUCGUCCAAGUGACGUUCGUGCCUUCUAUCCCUCAGAUAGCUAAAGAUCUCAACUUAACGCAUGCUGUCGUCAACUUGGCUUUGAGCGUAUCAACCUUGGCUACUGCUAUCGGAGCGUUGGUUUGGGCUGCUUAUUCGACUUUCUACGGACGUCGAUCGAUAUAUCUGUGUGGAAUACCUUUUCUGUGCGUUGGGAGCUGCGGUGUCGCGCUGUCGACUUCGUUGCAGAGCCUGUUAUUCUGGCGAUUCGUGCAGAUGUUUGGAUGUGCUGGGGCCUUGUCUUUGGGGACUGGUACAAUUGGCGACAUUUAUAAAUUGGAGGAGAGGGGGACUGCCAUCGGGAUAUUCUUUAGUGUCACGCUUCUCGGGUUCACUUUUGCCCCGUUUCUUGGAGGUGCUGCAACACAGUAUUGGUCCUGGCGCAAUUUGCACUAUUCCGUUGGUGCAUGGGGCUUACUCGAGAUGCUUUUCAUAUACCUUUCGUUUCCUGAGACGAGCCAUCCCGGCACAUUGGGCAUUGAUAAACUGCCGUCCAGGAGAUGGUUCCAUAUCAAAUGGAUUAAUCCUCUGAGCAGUCUUUGGUUGCUUCGCAGUCCUAACCUAUUUGCCGUUAUGCUUGCGUCAGCUCUGAUGCUCAACACUAUGUAUGUUCUCCUCGUACCGAUAGCGUAUACUGUUGGCAUUCGGUAUGGAAUCACGAACGACGCCAUCAUCGGGGCGUUUUUCCUCCCAAAUGGACUGGGAAGCUUCACCGGGACUCUUGUUGCUGGCCGCCUGUCGGACAUUGUAGUCAGAAGAUGGCGGGAGAAGCGAAGAGGAGCGUAUUGUCCUGAAGACCGCUUGAGAGCAACGUGGAUCGGAGGGUUGUUUGUUGUCCCGUUGUCUAUUGGGGCCUCAGGGCUGAUAACGACGUAUAUCGGGGGGCCGAUUGGCCUUGCGCUGAAUGUAUUAUGCCUCUAUGUGAAUGGAGUGGGGGUCGAAUCAGUGUUGAAUCCUAUUAAUUCUUAUAAUGUGGACAUACUGCAUUCUCGAAGCGCAGAGGCCGCAGCUGUUUGCAUGGCGAGCUGGUCGCUUAUUAUGUCUGCUACCACUGCUCUUAUCAUUCCGUCGAUCGAGCGUAUAGGUGUUGCGUGGACGGACAUCAUUGCGGCUGUCCUUGCAGUCAUUGGACAAGGGAUCAUUAUCUUGACGAUUCGUUAUGGCGAUCGCAUGAGGGCGAGCAUAGAUGUUGGUUUCUCGACCGUGGAGAAUAAUUGAC